UGACUAUAAUGUCAGCUAAAAAAAGUUGGGUUUGAGAAGGUUUGAAACUUGGAUGCCAAAAUGGACGGCUUAAUAACAGUCACAACUAGACUGUGCCUAAGUGAACAAAAGGUGGGGCUUAAUUAGGCUGUUAUAUAUGAUGAACAUAUGAAGAAAUUUGGAGUUUUUGUGAUAUGGAAGUAACAAAUUUAUCUGGAUCCUAUUAUCAAAAUCACUUUCUCUUUCGUCUGAUUGGUACUGGCAUAUUCAUCUUAAUAACAAUUGCUUCUGGACCAUCAAAUCUGCUUCAAACAACUUUUGGGCUUGGAAAAAAUUUCUCAAAUUUAGACCAUUAACUCUUCAGUUUUGUAAAUAUAAUUUGGGAAAUGGUCAAGCUGCGAGCUUAUGGUAUGACAUUUAGACUUCACUGGAUCAGUUGAUUAGCCACAUUGGUCCGCUUGGACCAAGAGCACUAAGAAUAAGGAGGAACGCUGUGGUGGCUGACGCCAUAGUGGAUUCAAACUGGUUACUCCCACACCCACGAUCAGUACAGGAAGCCGAGCUACACGCUCACCUUACCACUAUCUCCCUUUCUUUACAUACUGAUAUUGAUGAUAAUUAUGAAUGGGUUGCAGGUGACUCUCCGGUAUGGACUUUUAAAGCCUCCACUACAUGGGAAGUCUUGCGACCUCGAGAACAAGUAAAGGAUUGGGUGGAUGUUGUCUGGUUUAAAGGGUCAGUGCCCAAAAACACGCCUUUACGAUGUGGGUUGCCAAUCGGGACAGGUUGCCAACGAGGGAGAGACUGGCUUCUUAGGGAUCAUCUGCUGCUGUCGUGCGAGUAUAGUCUUGAAGUGUGGAGGGAGAUGUUUAUCAGGUGCUCUUCUCCGCCUACCAUGUUUACAACUUGGUCGGAGCUUCUAUCUUGGACUAGAACUGCAGGGUCUAAAGAGUUAAAGCUACUGCGUAAAGUGGCUACUCAGACCUUCGUAUUUCACAUCUAGAAACAAAGAAACAAUUUGGUUCACAACCAAAUCUCCAUUCCCUCUUCAUCAGCUUCGUUUCUCUGGUCUUGAUAGAGAAGUUCGCAAAAUUAUUUCUGCCAAGAGGAAGCAUAAAAUCUUUAGUAAAUCACAUGUUUUUUUGGUUGAGAUAGACUGUUCAUGUUACUAUAUUCUUAUGAUCCAUCUUGUUUUUUUUUUUCUUUUUUUUUGUCAAGAUGGCUCAGAGCAAAAUAUCUUUGUAGAAUAUCUCCUUCAUUUUUAUAAAAUUUACAGUGUAGCAAAAAAAAAUAAUAAAAGAAAGUACGUGGGUCUAUAAAGAUCUCAACAUUCUAUGGGCUCUAAUUUGCAACUUCAAAGGCCUUUGUAAGAUACGCUAUGAGAAUAAUGCCGAGUUGCAGGCUGUGAAAGAAUGCAAGUGUUGUUGAACUAAUAAACUUGAUUUAUUAAAGACAUGAACAUUAUAAUACAAGGAAGACGUCUCUAACAAAAACGAUUUUUCGCUGACUAAAUUUCAUUGAAUCAUAUAUAAAAAGAUACAAACAAACUCACAAUUGUAGAAAUUUACAAUACAAGCUUACUUGAAUUUCUUAAAAGACUUUAAAAUAUAAAAAUGUCUGUAAUGAAGACGAUUAUAUCAAAAGCCAUUGCGACCCACAUGGAAUGGAAGAUUAAUUAUAGAGUUGAAUAGUUGAUGUCACAUGCUUUGACUGUCUCCUUCAUUAUAGAUAUCGACUUCAAUAUAUUUUAUUGUUAACUUGGAAUCGUAUCUUAACUUUCUACGUAAAACAAUACUUAAUCUCUUUAUGGAAAAGAUCAUGCACACACCAAAAUAAUAUAUUAGUAGUUUCUUAUGAGGUAAACCAACUUUGAAUGUAGGCUAAUUAGUUUAUUAAACAAUAUAGUAUUUCUUGUUGCUAAAAGUCUUCCAUGUCUAUGUUCAUUUCACCCUUCACCUACAUUGUCUUCAAUUACUUACAAAUCAAGUAAAAUAGUAAAGAAAGUUGUCUAAACAACAGCCUAUGCUUUCUUAGAAACAAACCGUGGCGGAAAAGUGUUAAGACUUUUUGGUUUUAUUGUUUACAAAAUGAUAUGUUUUCUUUAUAAGUCUUACAAACCUUAAAUUAUUAAUUUCCAGUAAGCCAUCUUUUAAUUAAUGUACAAAAAUUAUUAUACAAGUUAUGAUUUAUGCUACUAUCAAACACUUCAAAUGUAAAUACAAUUAUAUAUUAAGAUUAUUUUUAGUGAAUUUAUUUCAAAAUAGGAGAGUUUUUGUUUAUAAAUGAUAUAAUUUAUUUAAUUUUAAAAAUUAAAACUAUUCAUUAUUGUAUUUCUUGAAACCGAACCAUAACGCAUAUAGUUAUCAGAGAAUCCAAUCUAUGAAUUGCCAAAUGUAUUUUCGAUUCUAUUACUCGAAUCAAAUAUAAUUUAAAAAUUAAUAACCGAUAGAUUCUAAAUUAAUCGGUAACGUAUAAAAAUUUGUCGGCAUCGAAGAAAAAGUAUUAGUUGACAAAUUAUAAUCUUUUUAGCAAUGAAAAAUUAUGUAAUUAUCAAAGAUAUUUAAUAUAAAGUGAUUUUACGUAUAUUAAGAUUUGUUAAAGAAUUACAUUUAUUGGUUGUCUAGUAUUAAUGGCUUACUGGAAAUUAAUAUAACAUACUGAUUAGAAGAUGUAAAUGGAGCAUCUAUGCAUGAUCAGUGUGGAGGAGGUCGACUCUUUAACCAACAAACAAAAAUUAGGUUGAAAAUUUUCCUCUUUGGAGUAUCAUGUUUCAUAGAAAUAUCUAGUUUAUGCUGAAGCUUUUAUCGGAAAUUAAGAAUAUCUUGGUAGGGACUAUUUUCAUGCAUUGGGACCAACUUGUAAAAGAACAAAAAAUUAAUUGGAAAAACAAAAUUGUAGUUGAGAAGAGAGAUGCAAGCAAAGUGUUAGCGUCCGUGCUUUGACUUCUCUCUAUCUCUUGUCCUCAUCUUUAUUUCCUCAAGCUGACCUAACCGGUUACUCCUUCCCUCUCCGGUCAUUUUUAACUAUCCUAUAAUUAAAAAGAUAAGAACGAAUGUAAAUAUAUAAAUUAACCUUUUAGAUUUUUCUAAAUUAAACCAUUUGAAAAUGAAAGCAAACAAAGAUCUUAAAGGAAUACUAUACAAAAUACUAACAAUUUGUUGACUUUUUGUUAUUUUGCACUCUUCGUUCAUUAGUCGUUCCAAAACUUCGUCCGUUUACCCUGAAGGUUAGAGCUCCUACUAUUCAAACCAAAAUUUAGAAGAAAAAAAACAAAAGGUUUUCUUAAGUCAAAACUACUUAUUCGGACUUCAUUAUGUAUGUCUAUUAACGAACUCCAUGAUGUUUGACUGAACAAAUACAAAGAAAAAUAGAUUUCUACAACUGGGUCUUGACAGUAAAAUAUGACAUUUCCAUAAACGGACAUAAAUAAAUACAUAACCAUGAGUAUUAACCUCUAUAAAAAUACUGUUGAUUGACCGUCAUCAAUACAUAUGAAACGAAUCUUUUUACUAACACCGUCUUCUUCUUCGUUUAUGACUGUUUAUUAAUUUCCUAUUAUUAUUUAAAUAUUUUUAAUUUUUGGGGUUGAAUUUUACUGUUGCAGUAACACAGACGGAGGAAAAAACCAAACACCCAACUCAUCCACUCUUUCUUUCUCUCUCUAGAAGCCUGCAUUUAAGCCCCCACCACUUGCUGUAUCGUGUUGAAGUCAAAAGUUGCCUAUUUUUCUCUCUCUUCUAUUGCUUCAUCUUCAUUGAUCGUCAUGGCCAGAACCAGAAUCAGAAACCCAUAAACUGUAUCCUCUCAGCUUUCUCACCGGUUUUCUUGAUUUUUAACUAGAAAAAGCCUCUGUUUCUUCUUCUUCUUCUUCUCUCUCUCCAUCAUCAAAGCAUCUCAAAAGCUUCUUCCUCUUCUCAUCAAAAUGCGUGUUCAUCGCUUGUGGGUGAUCGUCACCUUCCUCACAGAGCUACUACUAUGCUUCCGCCCCUCGGACUCCCAGACCCCCCUCACGUGCCACCCACGUGACCUCAACGCCUUGCGCGACUUCAUAACCAACAUCGAACCAAAACCACAAGACUGGCUCCUCGUCAACGACAAUUGCUGCAACUGGACAGGAAUCACCUGCGACAACGACAACAACGACAACACCAUAAGAGUCACUAAACUAGAACUCGGAAACAAAAAGCUGUCGGGGACCCUGUCGGAAUCUCUAGGAAACCUCGACCAGAUCAAAGUCCUCAACCUCUCACGCAACUUCAUCAAAGACUCGAUCCCUCUCUCCAUCCUCACCUCGCCGACUCUCCAAACCCUCGAUCUAAGCUUCAACGAUCUCUCCGGAGAGAUCCCGCAAACGCUAAACCUCCCUUCCCUUCAAAGCCUCGACCUUUCCUCAAAUAACUUCAACGGGUCCUUGUCUCGUUCCAUCGGUAACCUCUCUAGCCUCGCUCGUCUCGAUGUCUCGUGGAACUCGUUUUCAGGCGAGAUCCCUGACGUGUUCCACGAGUUGACUCGGUUGAAGUAUCUCUCAGCUCAGACGAACAGACUCACCGGAGGGAUACCUAGAUCGUUAGCGAGUUCACGGACGUUAAAUCUGCUUAACUUAAGGAACAACUCGUUAACGGGUCCGUUACUGUUGAACUGCACGGCGAUGGUUGAGUUAAACUCUCUCGAUUUAGGUACUAACCGGUUCAACGGCCGGUUACCUGAGAAUCUCCCGGUUUGCAAACGGUUAAAGAACGUUAACCUCGCGCGUAACGGUUUCCGUGGAGAAGUCCCAGAGAGCUUCAAGAACUUUCAGAGCCUAUCUUACUUCUCGUUAUCAAACUCUAGUUUGGUUAACAUCACGUCCGCGCUUAGGAUACUUCAGAACUGCAAGAACUUAACGGCGCUUGUCCUCACGUUAAACUUUAACGGAGAGGCGUUACCUGCUGACGACGCGAGUAUUGUUGGGUUCGAGAAGCUGAAAGUGCUCGUAGUUGCGAAUUGUAGACUAACCGGUUCGGUUCCGAGAUGGUUAAGCUCGAGUAGGGAUCUUCAGCUGCUGGAUCUUUCUUGGAACCGGUUAACCGGAGCUAUACCGAGCUGGAUUGGUGAUUUCAAUUCUCUUUUCUACUUGGAUCUAUCCAACAACUCGUUUACAGGAGAGAUCCCAAAGAGCCUUACUCAACUCCAGAGUCUGACAAGUGGAAGCAUCUCAUUGGACGAACCGUCUCCUGACUUUCCUUUCUUCAUGAAGAGGAACGAGAGCGCAAGAGGUUUGCAGUACAAUCAGAUCGUUGGUUUCCCGCCAACUAUUGAGCUUGGUCAUAACAACCUCUCUGGACCUAUCUGGGAGGAGUUUGGUGAUUUAAAGAAGCUUCACGUGUUUGAUCUGAAGUGGAAUGAGUUGUCUGGGCCAAUCCCUAGCUCUCUCUCUGAUAUGACUAGCUUGGAGCUUCUUGAUCUUUCUAACAACCGUCUCUCGGGAUCUAUCCCUGGUUCUCUUCAGAACCUGACGUUUCUGUCUAAGUUUAGUGUUGCUAGUAACAAUCUCACGGGAAGGAUACCCUCUGGUGGUCAGUUUCAGACGUUUCCAAACUCGAGUUUCGAGUUUAACAACCUCUGCGGGGAACAUAGGUUCCCCUGUUCCGGAGAUGCGAGUUCUGCCGGAACAACAACAUAUAUCAAACAUUCAAGAAGAAGAAGCAGAGGAGGUGAGAUUGGUAUGGCUGUUGGGAUCGCGUUCGGUUCGGUCUUCCUUCUCACUCUUUUAGCUUUGAUAGUGUUGCGUGCGCGUAGACGGUCAGGGGAAGUUGAUCCGGAGAUAGAAGAAGAGAGCAUGAACCGGAAAGAAAUCGAAGAGACUGGUUCUAAGAUUGUGGUGCUGUUUCAAAACAAUAAUGAUAAUGCUCUCUCCUAUGAUGAUCUUUUGGACUCUACAGACAACUUUGAUCAAUCCAACAUCAUCGGCUGCGGCGGGUUCGGUAUGGUUUACAAAGCAAUGCUACCAGACGGGAGAAAAGUGGCGAUCAAGCGGUUAUCAGGAGACUGCGGUCAGAUCGAAAGAGAGUUCAAAGCAGAAGUUGAAACACUCUCGAGAGCGCAACAUCCAAAUCUUGUUCUACUCCAAGGGUUCUGUUUCUACAAAACCGACCGGCUUUUGAUCUAUUCUUACAUGGAGAACGGAAGCUUAGACUACUGGCUACACGAACGUAACGACGGUCCAGCUUUGUUGGGAUGGAGAACUCGGGUUCGAAUCGCUCAGGGCGCUGCAAAGGGGUUGUAUUACUUGCAUCAAGCUUGUGAGCCUCAUAUAUUGCACCGUGACAUUAAGUCCAGCAACAUUCUUCUAGAUGAGAACUUUGAUUCUCAUUUAGCGGAUUUCGGAUUAGCUAGGCUUAUGAAUCCUUACGAGACGCAUGUUAGUACUGAUUUGGUUGGGACUUUGGGUUAUAUUCCUCCUGAAUAUGGACAAGCUUCGGUUGCUACUUAUAAAGGUGAUGUGUAUAGCUUUGGAGUUGUGCUUCUUGAGCUUUUGACUGAUAGAAGACCGGUGGAUAUGUGUAAACCGAAGGGAGGGAGGGAUUUGAUCUCGUGGGUUGUGAGGAUGAAGAGUGAGGGUCGAGCUAGUGAGGUUUUUGAUCCGUUCAUUCAUGGUAAAGAGAAUGAGAAAGAGAUGGUUCGGGUUCUUGAGAUUGCGUGUUUGUGUUUGAGUGGGAACCCUAAACAGAGACCAACGACUGAACAGUUGGUCUCUUGGCUUGAUCAUGUCUAGAAGGUGGACUCUAAUCUUCAGAGAGACAGGGAUACAUUUUGUAGGGAGUCAUUUCUAUACUUUUGAGAUACAGUGUAAAUAGUUUCCAGAGAAUAAUUUGUUUCAUUUUAAUCUUUAUUUGUGAUUCAGAUUUAAUAUUGAAGAUAAAAGACUGAAACAUACAAUGUCUGGUUUUUUCAGAUAUCACAAGUUCUUCAUGCAGUUUGAGUAAACAACAUAAUA